CCCUACCUCAUAACGACACGCAAGCCCCUCCAGUGCAGUAACAGUCGCAGCAGCCCUAGAAUAAAACACCCUCCUCUGGGAAGUCGGAAGAAGGAAAAAUGCCCGAAGCCGCAAAACCAAAGAGCAAGAAGAAGAACAAGGGGGGCGCUAAGCUCAAGGAAGUAGAUGAGCGCCCAGAAGCCAAUACUGACACUGAAUUAAUCGACACCUCGGAGGCCAUGCAACAAACUGGUGAUAUGAACACGGAGGAGACCGGCAGAAGCCCGGAUAAUGAAGUUGUGAAGAAUGAAAUCAAAUCGACUGCUGACACAAUAACCGAGACCACCGGGAAUGGGGGAACAACCGGCAGUCAAAAUAGGACCGAGCAUGCGGACAAUGAAAAUGGGUCACCCGGCUCGGAAGUCCAUCAGUCGAAUGAACGACUUGAUGCCCUUGUUAGAGAUCGAGAUACUUUGCGCGUAGAGGUGACGGAUUUGCGGAAAUCGUUGGAGGAGAUACAAUCUAAACAUCGGGCAGACAUGGCGGCCCAGCAGGAGAAGCUGGACGAUGCCGAAAGCAAGAAGGAGCAUGCAGAAUCGCAGUUCCAGAAACUUCUGGAAAGAGUGAAUACAAUCAAGUCACAACUUGGCGAAAGGCUCCGGGAAGACGCUGAAGAAAUCGCACAGGCGAGAUCAAGGAUCGAGGAGCUGGAAGAACAGAACUCAAGCUUACAAGAUGGGCUGCGGUCGAAGGACAACGAGGUUGAGCAACUAUCGGAAACGAACGGCGAGUUGUCAAGGGAACUCUCGACCUUGCGAGACCGUACAAAUUUGUCACAGCAGAACUGGCUCAAGGAGAAAGAAGAACUGCUUGAACAAGAGAAAUACCUGCAAUCGGAGUUUGAGCAAGCUAAGGAAGCUAUGCAUAAUUGGGAAGUACUGGCAAUGGAGGAGCGGUCUAUCCGAGAAAACUUAGGAGAGAAGGUUGUGGAUCUCGAGGAACAACUUGUCACCGUCAAAGAUGCUUACGAGAAAACUGCUGCUGAACGUGAUUCCCAACUGGCCAUUGUGGAUGGACUCCAGCGUGCGCUACAAGAAAUACAAAUGGCACGUAAACAAGAACUUCGUGAGCUAGUAGAAAGCUCUGAUGCUCAGCUGGAGAAGCUCAAACAAGCGCUUCAUGGCGCAGAAAAGAAAGCCUCAGAGGCCGAUAAGGCUUUCCAGGAUGCCCAGAAUGAACUCAAACGAGUACGGCCGUUCGAAAAAGAAGUUAAAGAGAAGAAUCUCUUGAUUGGGAAGCUCCGGCAUGAAGCGGUAACGCUAAAUGACCACCUGACAAAGGCCCUGCGGUUCCUCAAGAGAGGCAAGCCAGAGGAUAAUGUUGACCGACAUAUCGUGACGAACCAUCUGUUGCACUUCCUUGCUCUCGACCGAUCAGACCCCAAAAAGUUCCAGAUCCUGCAACUUAUCGCAGCGCUUCUAGGCUGGACUGAUGAGCAACGGGAGCAGGCAGGUCUGGCGCGUCCAGGAGCAUCCAACAUCUCUGGCAAGCUGAGAGUUCCAAACACGCCCGUCCACCGUACGCCUAGCAGCCAGACCUUGGCCACGGAAUUCUUGGAUAACGGCAACACCAACAAAGAGACGCUAGCGGAGCUCUGGUCCAACUUCUUGGAGCAGGAGUCGCAGAGUGCCGAGAGUUUACCACUCAGGCCGUGAACCGAGCCUAGUAGAUCUGGUGGCUCAGACGUUAUCUAGGUCCCGGAAAUCCAGGGUAGACCUUUGGGGCGGCGCAAUUGUUUCUAUGUAUUGUACGAUAAGCAGGAUCUUAUCAGAAUCUGUACUCAUGUCAGCUUAUUAUUUUUAUCUAGAAGAGUAAUACUCAUUCUUGCGUCGGCACUAUCAUUC